ACAAUGGUCAUUCAUGCAAACAACUUAUCACUUGAAUGUAUAAUCACUUGACUCACAUUGCUGAGUUUCAUGGCUACCAUAAUGUCACUAACUAUGUCUUUACUCUCAUUCAUGUUGAUCAUUCUUUUGACCAUAUUAUCAGAAGGGUCAUACACCAUAACAGCACAACAAUUCUCUAUCAAAGAAGCCACCAUAAGUGAGAUUCAACUUGCAUUCAGGCAAAACAAACUCACCUCAAGGAAGCUGGUUGAGUUUUAUAUAGAAAAAAUCAGAAGGCUGAACCCAACUCUUAAGGGGGUCAUAGAAGUGAACCCAGAUGCAUUGUCCCAAGCUGAUAAAGCCGACUGCGACCGAAAAACCACGUCUUUGACAAGUUUGCCUGCGCUGCACGGUAUUCCAGUUCUGCUCAAGGAUAACAUUGGAACCAAGGAUAAGCUGAAUACUACAGCUGGAUCUUUUGCUUUGCUUGGUUCUGUGGUACCUCGUGAUGCUGGUGUGGUGUCGAAACUAAGGAGAGCCGGGGCAAUCAUAUUGGGGAAGGCCAGCUUGAGUGAAUGGGCUGCCUUCAGGUCUACAAAGGCUCCUAAUGGUUUCAGUGCAAGAGGUGGCCAAGGAAAGAAUCCAUAUGUUUUAUCUGCUGAUCCAUGUGGGUCUAGUAGUGGAUCAGCAAUAUCAACAGCUGCUAAUUUGGUGACAGUAGCACUUGGAACUGAGACUGAUGGGUCAAUUUUAUGUCCAUCAAGUGCCAAUUCAGUUGUAGGCAUCAAACCAACAGUUGGUCUCACUAGCCGGGAUCAAGUCAUCCCGGUUUCGCCUAGACAAGAUACUGUUGGGGCCAUUAGUAGGACAGUAUCUGAUGCUGUCUUUGUUCUUGAUGUAAUUUCUGGGAUUGAUUACAAUGAUCCAGCAACUACAACCUGGUGUAAGUAUAUUCCUCAAGGUGGAUUCAAACAAUUUCUUAAUCAAAAUGGGCUCAGAGGGAAGAGACUUGGAAUAGUAAGGAACCCAUUCUUUGGCCUUUUAGCCUCUGAUGUGGUUCAACACUUUGAGAAGCAUUUUCAGACCUUAAGACAUCAAGGAGCAGUUGUGGUAGAUAAUCUCCAGAUAACCAAUAUCAGUGAUAUCUUAAAUGUGACCAAAAGUGGUGAGGCAGUAGCACUUGCUGCUGAGUUCAAACUAUCCUUGAAUUCAUAUCUCAAGAACUUGGAGGUUUCGCCGGUGAGAUCCUUGGCGGAUGUUAUAGCCUUUAACCAAAAGAAUGCAGAUCUGGAAAAGAUCAAUGAGUUUGGUCAAGACAUCUUCUUGUUAGCCCAAACAACAAAUGGAAUAGGCGCGACAGAGAAGGCGGCACUGGCCAAUCUAGCAAGACUAUCAAGAGAAGGCUUUGAGAAAUUGAUGAGUGAUUAUAAACUUGAUGCAUUGGUAACACCUGGUUCAAGUGUUGCACCUGUGCUUGCUAUUGGAGGAUUCCCAGGAAUAAAUGUGCCUGCAGGGUAUGAUAGUAAAGGUGUCCCAUUUGGAAUAAACUUUGGUGGUUUGAAAGGAUCAGAAUCAAAGCUAAUUGAGAUUGCAUAUGGAUUUGAACAAGCAACUAAAGUUAGAAAGCCCCCUCCACUUUAACUUGCAAGAACAAGACAAUUAACUGUUGGAGUUCUUCAAUACUUUGUCAUACAUGUUGUCAAUUGCCUCAUGAAUUAUACUGUUGUA